GUGACGCGUCAGAGGCGGGGCGGCCUAGCUAGGCGGUCGGCAUGUCGUCUCUCACCCGUUUGGCGCCUGCGGCUCGCGUCGGAGCCCGUCUCUUCCGAGGCUGCCGCGCGAGGGCCGCUGGAGACGGGGGGGUUCGUCAUGCCGGCAGAGGUGUGCAUAUUGGGCCCCGGUACAGAGAGUUUCCCCAGCUGACCAAAUCCCAGGUGAUCCAGGCUGAGUUCUUUAGCUCACUCAUGUGGUUCUGGAUCCUCUGGCGCUUUUGGCACGACUCAGAUGCUGUGCUGGGUCACUUUACAUAUCCAGAUCCUUCCAAGUGGACAGAUGAAGAACUAGGCAUCCCUCCCGACGAUGAGGACUGAAGUGUAAACUUAUCCCUUUACAAGAGCAAGGUGAGGAAUUUCAAGCAAUUACGGACAUCAUAUUGUACAUUGAAGUUGUAAAUUAAAGUGGUUUGGCCAAGUA